UGUGUGUGUGUGUCUGGAUAAAACAUCAUCGUUAGCUAUGGAGUACAUGCAAGAUCCAGCAUCGAGCAGCCAGGGCAACAUUCUUUGUUGCUUAUGUGGUAUCCCGAUUCCCCCGAACCCAGCCAACAUGUGCGUGGCCUGCCUGCGGCAACAGGUGGACAUUUCCGAUGGAAUCCCGAAGCAGGUCUCCGUCCAUUUCUGCAAGCAGUGUGAACGGUACCUACAGCCUCCGGGCACAUGGAUUCAGUGUGCUCUAGAGUCGCGCGAGCUGCUCGCUCUCUGCCUUAAGAAAAUAAAAAGCACGAUGUCAAAGGUGCGGCUUAUCGACGCGGGCUUCGUGUGGACGGAGCCGCAUUCUAAAAGGAUCAAGUUAAAGCUCACCAUUCAGAAAGAGGUAAUGAACGGUGCGGUGCUGCAGCAGGUGUUCGUGGUGGAUUUCAUCGUUCAGUCACAGAUGUGUGACGACUGUCAUCGAGUGGAAGCCAAGGAUUACUGGAAAGCCGUCGUGCAAGUUAGACAGAAGACUGUCCACAAGAAGACCUUUUACUACCUGGAACAGCUGAUUCUGAAGCACAGGGUGCACCAGAACACACUUCGCAUCAAGGAAAUCCACGAGGGCCUUGAUUUUUACUACAGCUCCAAGCAGCAUGCUCAGAAGAUGGUGGAUUUCCUACAGUGCACAGUUCCAUGCAGAUCCAAGUCCUCGCAGCGUCUCAUCUCUCACGAUGUCCACUCGAAUACCUACAACUAUAAAAGCACCUUCUCUGUAGAGAUCGUGCCCAUCUGUAAGGACAACGUGGUGUGUCUGUCUCCACGUCUGGCUCAGAGCUUGGGAAACCUGGGCCAGGUGUGCGUGUGCAUUCAAGUGACCAGUACCGUGCACCUCAUCAACCCAAACACACUGCAGCUUGCAGAGAUAGAUGCGAACACGUACUGGCGUCACCCGUUUAACAGCCUCGUCAACCCGCGCCAGCUGGAGGAGUUUAUCGUCAUGGACCUCGACAUCAUCAGGGAGCAGCGAUUAGGAGCAGGAGCUGGCCUUAGAUCCAACCGGCACACCUUGGCUGAAGUGUGGGUUCAAAAGACCAGCGAGAUGAACACCAGUCAGCAGUAUCACUGCCGCACACACCUGGGCCACCUCCUGAACAUCGGGGACCUGGUGAUGGGCUAUGACUUUGCCAACUCGAACCUUAACGACGAGUUCCUGAACAAGAUGAAUCCUCACCACGUGCCUGAUGUGGUUCUGAUUAAGAAGUGCUACGACAGGACGAAGAGAAUAAAGCGCAGGAACUGGAAGCUGAAGGAGCUGCAUAGGGACCGAGAAGGCAUGGACACGGAUGAUGAAAGGGAAUACCAAGACUUCUUGGAGGAUCUUGAAGAGGACGAAUCACUGCGUAAGAACAUCAACAUCUUCAGAGAUGCCUCUAAAGUUCCUGUGGAGAGCGACACGGAUGACGAAGGCAUACCAAGGAUCUCACUGGCGGAGAUGAUGGAGGACCUGAGUCUUAACGAUGCCACCGGAGGGGAAGGGGCGGACAUGAUGACGGAUUAGAAUUGCAUAAUAAACGCAGAGGGGAAACGAAAACACCAGCACUGAGGCAGAAAGGCUUGGGCAGUCCAGGGGGAACCCUGCACACGUUUGCUUUCCUGUGUGCUUCAGUGCACCCCAAGAGAUCCUUAAUAAUUAGCAUAAUUUGUUUAAGGGAACUCUCAAAGGAUGUAGUGCAGGGUUCCCUCCAGAUUUGCCAUAGCGGGAGCUACUGGUGUGUUUCUGUGGAAUUCGCAGCUUGCUAUAUGGAGAAUGCUUAAUUUUUUUUUUUCACAAUACAAUAAUCAAAUAAUACAAUAAUCUAAUAAUAAUGAAAUACUAUAUUGAGUACCUGUGUAUUCUGGCAGAGGACUGAGUAAAGUCUUCACCAUAAAUAAAAAAUCUUGGCUAAUGAA